AUGAGCCAGCUGUCAUUUACCUGGGCAAAAGCGGAGUCAAAGCUCCCGGCUCCAUGUGUUUUGUGGCCUGUAGAGCUGAAGCUGACUCACAUUGACUGCAGUCCUGAGGACACACUGGUACACUUUCAAGGCCAAUAUAUGACCAUCUGUGAACUGGACUACAACAUUCUUCAAGUUGAAAUUCAAAAUGCUGUGAAAUUGAAAGUUUCUGUUGAAGUUGGAGAACUUUGUCUGGUAGAAGAUGCAGUAUCUGGUCGCUGGUUCAGAGGAAGAGUCCAAAACAUCCAGAAGGAUUUGUUCCACGUGUUUUUGCUGGACCAUGGAGAUGUGUUGAUUGUUGGGCCCAGCCAUUUGUUCUGUAUAUCUGACACACUGCUUAUGCUCCCACCAAAGAUUGUCUGCGGUUUCUUUGCCAACAUACUGCCAGUCCAGAACCGAUGGGACAGUUUGACAGAGAGUUAUUUCUCUUCCUUUAUAGGCUGUCAGAUUAAAGGAUAUAUCCAUGCUCGUCUGCCGUACCAAGUCCUCUUACUUGAAGUUCCAGACAUUAGUUGUGACUUGUUAAAACUGAGACUUGGGAGACAUGUGGACACUAGUACAUUUCUGCUACUAGUUGAGAUGCUUAUUGAGGAACCAAUUCCACAAAGCAAUGAAUCUGUCCCAGAUCUCUUGAUUGAAAACCAAGUAGGGCAAGAAUGUUGCCUCAAAUCCUCAAGCCUGCUGGGCUUCGAAGAGAUUCUGUCACUCAAUGGCCCAAAGCUGAAAGUUGGUCAAAAAGUUAGAGUCAUUGUAGCUGCAGCCGUGAACCCUAGAUUAUUCUACUGUCGACUGUCGUCCAUGAGCAAGGACCUACAAGAAAUGUCAAACAAAUUGGCACUCGCAUGUGAAUCAGGCUGUGGUUCCCUAAGCAGUAAACCUCUUGAAAAUCUCGGCUUGCUCUGUGCAGUCAAAGGGAAAGAUGAAAAAUGGCACAGAGGAUUUGUGCAAUGUCUCCCUCUCAACUCUCAGGUCCGAGUUGUGUUCGUCGACAGUGGCUAUUGUGAAUCGGUGAAAGUUGAAAACAUCCUUCAGCUACCAUCAGAAUUCCUCUCAACACCGAUCAUGGCAUUCCCAUGUUCACUUUCAUGCUUGGAAGAACAAGAAGAGAACAUUAAAAACCAACAACUAGAGCUUCUCAAGACUGGGUUGCUGGGAAAGGCGUUGGAGGUUGAAAUCGAUGACUUUCACAAAGAUCAGAACUUCUACUUGGUCACAUUGAGCACUGCUGAGAAGCACUCAGAGGAACAAGCUGAAGUUAAACCGCUUGAAAGUGAAGUGUUUGACAGCAAGUCCAACUUUCUCCAAAAUGUCCUUGAAAAGAUGUAUGCAACAGAGAUGAAAGCGGUCCAGACUUCUGAUACAGUUCCUACUAGUCAAUCAAUACCUGACGGUUCUCUUUUUGAGGGUUAUGUGGUGCAUGUCCAGAGUCCAAAACAUUUCUGGAUAAGAACAAAAGAACAAAAUCCUGAUUUUGAAAGCAUAACUGAAGAAAUCAAAGAUUACUUCAACAAACUACAGUUGAAUGAGGAGGUUUUUGAAGACCCAGUGCCUGGUGCACUUUGCUGUGCAAUGUUUGAAAAAGACAUGCGUUACUAUAGGGCCCUCAUAGUAGAUACUUUGGAAAAAGGAGCUGAGGUGUUUUUCAUUGACUUUGGGAACACUGAAAAGGUGCCAAGCAUGUUACUUAAGAAGCUUCCCAGAAAGUUUGCCAUUCAACCAGAAUUUGCACUGAAAUGUGCUUUAGCACAUGUCGCUCCCAUUGAGGACAUCUGGACAACCACAGCAUCCAACUUCUUUAGGCAAGUCACAUCAGACAAAACUUUGAUGGUUCAUGUCAUUCACAGGAAAAAUGGCAAAUAUGUUGUUGAUCUUUUUGAGAGAGGAGCUGAAAGUAAUACUAGCAUUGCAACCAUCAUGACAACAGCAAAAAUGGCCAUGGAUUGGAGCUACAACCCAGCAUUGGUAUCUGUUAAAAUGGAGCCAUCGUGUAAAGAUAAGGGAAAUGGUCUGAGCAAGAAAAAAAAUAGAAAGGACUAUCAUGUGGUGACCUUUUGCAAAGUCACAUCUUCUAGACCCAACCCAUAUCAUGUGAAACCAGAGUGUGAACAACAGAAUGAUGCUGAAAGAUGUACUGCCAGUGAGACAACUAAACCGAAGGUCGUUCCUGCUGACACUUUCAAACCGAUACAUUUCAAACCUGGAUCUGAAUUAAGUAUCAUUUGCUCACACAUAAAUUCUCCAUCUGAUUUUUGGUGCCAAAACGAAAGCACAAAAGUUGAUCUGGACAAAUUGAUGGAAGAGAUGCAGGCGUUUUACCAAACGCACACAAUUGCGUUCAAGUCGCCUGCGGUAUGCUGUGCUGUAAAGUCUCCACAGGACAACCGAUGGCAUAGAGCAUGCAUGUUAAAAGAAAAAAACAACGAACUGUAUUUGAUGUUGGUUGACUUUGGCAUAAUUAUCCAGGAAAAGAUGCAAAAUAUCCAAGCUCUUGCGCCACAGUUCUUUGAACUUCAUGAACAAGCAUUUCGAUGCACUUUGAACUUGACUGAACCUGUUGGAGGAAGUUCUUGGAGUGCAGAAGCAUCCAAUUUGUUCAGGGAUUUUGUGUCUGAGGGUUCACCCAGUAUAUGCAGAAUUCAUUCCCACCUUUAUGAGCAAGGAAAAGGUCUCCUCUAUGUGGUCACCAUUCAUACGCCUCUUCAACAGGCCACCACGUACCUUGUAGAGAAAGGCUUUGCAAAGGAAAUGCAAACUCCAAAGCAGCUAAUCUCAUCAGCCCACCCUCGCUCCUUCGUUUACUCUUCUUUCAACAUAAGUUCUGGAAGCGAAGAACUGGUGCAUGUUACUCAAGUUUGCAGUCCUUGGGAAAUCUAUUUCCAGCUUGAAAGGAAUACAGAGAUCGUUGAUACGCUGAUGGAGAGAGUUGCCGAAGAAAGUCACCUCUUGACUGCGACAUCUAGGCACUGCAGUAGUAAUGUUAGCCUGGCCAAAUAUAUCUGUGACGGCAAAUGGUACAGGGCUCUGACGCAUCCUGUUCAAUCCCAUCAGCAUCUGAGUGUGUUCUUUGUCGAUUAUGGUGAUAUGCAAAUUUCUGAGAAAACAAAUGUUAUGACGAUUCCCACAACGGCAGUUGACUUAUUGAUGACACCAAUGCAAGCUCUGAGAUGCAGUCUUUCGAAUGUUCCAGAGGGGGAACAUUUGCCAGAAGUCAACACAUGGCUCGAGACUGAGAUCCUCAACAAAUCCUUCCGUGCCAAGUUUGUUUCAAGGGACAAAAAUGGACAUUUUGUUUGUGAUCUUUAUGACGGAAAUGUGCAUGUCAAUGAAAAAGUCAAAGAACUCGUGUCAACUCAGGGUGUGGAAGAACAUGAUCCGGCUGUCAGCAUACCUGCCUUAGAUUCCCACAAAGAAGAAGUGGAUGUUGACGUUUCAAACAGUAAAGUGAGCUCCAAAGCAAGGGGACGUGGUAAAACCAAACAGGUUGAUAAGCAAACUCCAAAACCCACAAAAUCUCCCAAAGCAGAGCGCAAAGGACCAAUGAAAGCAGAAAGGCAGAACACGCCCUGCUCUCUUAAAGUGGCGCCUCCUCAUCAGAGCUUGCCAAAACUUUGUGAUCUUCCUUCUGUCAAAAUGGAACCAGGUUUUAAAGGCGUGGGCUUCAUCUCUCAUUGCAAUUCUGUUAGAAGCUUCUUUGUCCAGAUGGACGACGAUGAACCAAACAUCCUUCAGAUGGGUGAGGAACUAAACAGCACCGUCUUCAAGGAUAACAUGAAAAAUGUGGAAACUGAAGUACAAGUAGGGGACCUCGUUGUGGCGGAGUAUGAAGAAGACUUGGCUUUGUACAGAGCUGUUGUCACCAGCUCAUCAAACUGUGGCCACUUAGCAGUUGAGUUUAUUGAUUACGGCAAUGCUGCAACUGUCGACAGGAAGAACGUUCACAUGCUAACCAAUCUGUUUUUGUCUCAGCCCAGAUUGAGCACUCCAUGCACACUUGCAAAACCUUACUCUUUUGAAAACAAUGACUCUUUUAUCAAGGAAGCAGUUGGUAAGCCUUUAAUGGUGGAAUUCAUUCGAAAGCUCGAAAAUUCAUGGGAAGUGAGGAUCGAGAUUGUUGAGGAUGGCCAUGUGCAUGGGGAAUCAAAGUAUGAUGGUGAUCAAAGCAAAGAUGUAGAUUUGACAAGUCAAGACAAAUUUCCAAAAGCAUUCAAGAACAACAACCAAACAGAUUCUUACAUCCACAAGGCUAAAGCAGUAAAAAUCUUCCAGAAAAAGACCAAGCCAAGCACACAACAACGCAAAUAUGAACUUGGAAACAAUCAGACAGUUGCAACAAAACAAAUAAAGAAAGCAGUCACUUUCUUACCGACAAGAAAAAGAACAAGAAAGAGAAAGGUUAACUUCCAACCCCCAUGUGCGACAAGAAUUUCAGUGACUAAAAAUUCAAGUAUGUUGCUAAAAAAUGUUUCUCCUCGUAAUGCCUCUAAGUCACCUGUUAACGUUGCUCUGCAAGAUGUGAAAGACAACGAGUCAGUGAAAAGUCCUGAUAAGUCGCUUGACCAUCCUCACUUCCAAGACAUGUCUUCAAAGAGCAGCUUGGAUCGACCACAGACUCUACUCCAGGCCCCUGUCCAAAUGAACUUUGAAUAUAAAGGAUUUGCGGCAGCCGUCACAACCCCAUCCGAAUUUUACGUCAUUCUUGAAGACCUGCUUUUGAUUGUAGAUACAGUCUCUGCCAUUCUUGAGAACCUUCCCGAAGUGUUGGCGCCAUUACCAGAGGUUCAUUUUGUUCGUGGUGCGAGCUGUUUGAUGAAAUCGGCAGAGAAGAAAAAAUGGUGCAGGGCAGGGAUCGUGCAGUGCGAUUUCACAUCGGUGCUCAUGAACUUGGUUGACUAUGGCCAGUAUGUCGUUCUGUCUCGACAGGAUGUCGGCCAGCUAAAAAAACUUCCAGAGGAGCUCAGUAGAUUACCUAAAUUCACCUACCAUUGUUUACUGAGGGGAGUUAAGCCCAAAGGCCAGGACUGGUCUGAUGAUGCCAUUGUUUUCUUCCAGAACUGCAUGUGUCACAGCAACCUUCAGAUACGUUUCAGACAGCAUGUUUCUGAGACACAAUGGGAGGUCGACAUUGUCACUGGAAAACGAAAUCUCGCAAAAGAGUUAGUAGAUGCUGAUCACGCCAUGUAUAUCGAUAAUGUGCUUGGAAUCAGGUUUCAGCAAGAGCAAGGACCAAACAGGGAAUCUGAACAAGACAUCUCCAGCAGCGUGGAUAUUUUAUCCACGACAACGGAGCACACAAGCAAAGCCGAAUGUUCUCAGCCACUCUUUUCAAAGGCUCAAAAGUCAUCUCAAGAUUCUGUUGGGGAGCAAAACACAUACCCUAUGAACAUCAGUGAAGAUCUCGGACCUGUAGAGAGGGCAACGCUUAGUACAUCAGGUAUCAAACAAUGUGAGCUGAUGUGAGAUGGCCUAUGCUUCAACAGAGAUGCUAGCGAGUUACGCUCGACAUUGCACUUAAAGAACAGUCCAGCUUUGGAAUGGCUGGAUUUAAUUGUUUUAAAUUUUUUGUUUCAGUAGUGAUGUUCUAGAAGUGUGUUUUGUAGAAAUGGAGCAUUUUGUUUUAUGGAGUACAAUUUGAAUUGUUCAAUCAUAAUAGUCGCCGCAGUAAGAUCUUAAAAUCGUAAGAUUUUAAACAUGACGCUAUAUCAUAUUUUUGAUGAAAAAAUGUAGUUUUAGAACUAAAAACUGGAUUUCCAGCUUUUGGCAGGUCUUAUGUAUCUAUAAAUGGACGUGUGACUGAUGAAAUAUACAGUCGGUUUAUUGAUGGCUGUGUUGGCUAUUUUGCCUUUAAGUUUCGAACAGCAAAAGUUUAUUUAGUAAUUAUAAGAAUUGACGUUUGACCUCUGUUUGAUUGUGCUGUGUAACACAUUGUUGUUUUUUGUUUGUGAAAAUGUUAGUAUUUCUAGUUCUGUUGGAACACACAAUAAA